AUGGCAUCCCUUCGUAUCGGUCAAGCUGCUCUUAGAGCAUCCAUUAGAGCUCCAACAUUCGGUGCAAAGUCCGCUGCCUUUAAUAGCUUGCGAUGCUAUUCAUCGAAAACUCAGACUUUGAAGGAGCGUUUCGCCGAGCAACUCCCAGAGAAGAUUGAGCAAAUCAAGGCUCUCCGCAAGGGUUAUGGAAGCAAGGUCGUUGGCGAGGUUACUUUGGACCAAGUCUACGGUGGUGCUCGUGGUAUCAAGUCAUUAGUCUGGGAAGGUUCAGUUCUCGACUCCGAGGAGGGUAUCCGUUUCAGAGGAAAGACUAUUCCAGAGUGCCAGGAACUCCUCCCAAAGGCACCAGGUGGACAAGAGCCUUUGCCAGAAGGUCUUUUCUGGCUCCUUUUGACCGGUGAAGUCCCCAGCGAGCAACAAGUUCGCGAUCUUUCCGCUGAGUGGGCCGCUCGUUCCGACGUACCAAAAUUCGUCGAAGAGCUCAUCGACCGAUGCCCAAGCGAUCUCCACCCAAUGGCACAAUUCUCCCUCGCUGUCACUGCUCUUGAGCACGAGUCCGCAUUCGCCAAGGCUUAUGCUAAGGGAAUGAAGAAGACAGAGUACUGGGGUCACACUUUCGAGGACUCAAUGGAUUUAAUCGCCAAGCUCCCCACCAUUGCCGCCAGAAUCUACCAAAACGUCUUCAAGGGCGGAAAGGUCGCUGCUGUCCAAAAGGACAAGGAUUACUCCUUCAACUUUGCCAACCAACUCGGAUUUGGCGAGAACAAGGACUUCAUUGAGUUGAUGAGAUUGUACCUCACCAUCCACACUGAUCACGAGGGUGGUAACGUCUCUGCUCACACCACUCACUUGGUUGGAUCUGCUCUUAGCUCUCCAAUGUUGUCUCUUGCUGCUGGUUUGAACGGUCUUGCUGGUCCUCUCCACGGACUUGCCAACCAAGAAGUCUUGAACUGGCUCACCAAGAUGAAGGCUGCUAUUGGUGAUGACCUUAGUGAUGAGGCCAUCAAGAACUACUUGUGGUCUACUCUUAACGCCGGUCAAGUUGUUCCAGGUUACGGUCACGCCGUUCUCCGCAAGACCGAUCCCCGCUACAUGGCCCAGAGAGAAUUUGCCGAGAAGCACUUGCCAGCGGGUGUUCUCACUGAGCACGGAAAGACCAAGAACCCAUUCCCUAACGUGGAUGCUCACUCUGGUGUCUUGCUCCAAUACUAUGGUUUGACUGAGGCCAACUACUACACCGUUCUUUUCGGUGUUUCCCGUGCUAUUGGUGUCCUUCCACAAUUGAUUAUCGACCGAGCUGUUGGAGCCCCAAUUGAGCGCCCCAAGUCCUUCUCCACCGAGAAGUGGGCCGAGAUUGUUGGAGCCAAGUUGUAA